AUCGAAUAGCAGAAUAAGUGCAAGAUUUUGUCUUCAGUUGUUUUUCAAUCUGAGGGACUACAGUUUGUGUCGCCUCAGUCUCAUUAAGUAAUUUUCUGGUACAUUAAUAAAAGUUGUCGUCACAGCAGCUUUGCAGCCCUAGUAUCGAUAGAUCGCAGAGGCACGCGUCUGCCAGCACUGGCUAAUAGAAUUCGAGAAGUUGCACGUGGCUUUCGGGUAGAAAGAAUUCUGUGAAUUCAAAACGCUAAAAUGGGUACCUACGUUGAUGGUUAUAAAAAUCCACUCGACUCUAAUGCUCAAAAACAGGACGUGGAAUGUGGCCAAGAGUCAGUGGCGGAAAUGACCAAGGAAUUGGCCAGUCUGCUAGCGAAGCAGCAUCUUUUAACCACGGCACAGAACUUACUACCAUCUCUAAUGAACUCCUUAGCUGCAGUGUGCAAAUCCGACGGGGCAUUGCGCAAAGCUGCCAAGAAUUUCAAGGCAGUCUUCGAGGAGAACAUUGAUCUUGACAAACACCUUGAGCCGGCUUAUUCCGCGCUGAUACUGCGCGCCAAUCCUGUGGCCAUCGAGGACUCUGUGACGAGACGACGGGCCUCCAAGUUAAAAUGCGCCACAUCGAUGCGCAACAUUAUGAUCAAAUCUGUAGUCUACGCAGGCAUAAGAAGCGAAUAUCUGCAACAAAAGCUUCUGAUGCAGCAGGAGGAGCUGCCAACGAGCACACUGAGUGCUGCUGAGAUGUUGGAAAUACUAGGAAUCUUACCCACCCCUAAGAAGAAGUCAAAAGUUCAGCAGGUAGUAAAAGGAGUUCCCAAGAGAAAGAAAAAUCGUUGUUAGAAUGCGCUGCAAGAAAGAGCAUUAUUUUGGGCAUUCAAUUCAAGUUUAUUUAAAUUUGAUUUGAUUCUACAAUAGCAUAUGGAAGAUAUGGAAGUGAGACCUUAAGUUCUUCUUCUUUGAACAGAACAAAUAUACAUCCAAAAGAAAAAGUGCAACCCUCUUUUAGCAAAUAACUUUUCAUGGAAACAAACGGCAACACUCUGGCGACAAUUAAAAGGCAAAUCUGCAAUUGUUUAAACUUUAAACCCCGUGACCACAAGCCCUGAC